AUUCGUUUCGUGAACUGUAUUAAAAUAUACAGUAGAAGACUUACGAAAUUCUUUGUAUCCUUGAACUUAAUAGAUUGGUUUCAAAUCCAAAUGCAAAAAACGUGUUAGUUUUUAAUAUACGAAAAAACGUUUUCGAUCGAUGAAAAUCCUUUGUAUGAAUUUCGCGCUUUGUUCUUGUAUAAGUUAUUUUUACGCAUUUGUAGCAAAGUCGAGAAUAUGUAGAUGAUAAUAAAUUAAGCGUAGUAUACAAUUUUCUAACACGAAAACAAUCGCAGUAAAUGUAGGAGUGAUUAGCAAAAACAAAAUUUAAGAUGGCUCACUUCAGUCGUCGCGAUACUACGUAUAGCGCCCUAGACAAUGAAACGUCUCCUCCUUUGGCUCAUUUGGCAGAUUCUACAAAUGCUGCACCUAUGAUGCUGACUCUGGACCAUGAACAUGAAGACGCCACUAAUGUUAUCAUCCACAAAGUACCAAAAAACAAAGGAGGAUGGACUCAUAUAGAGGAUCUAGACUCUUUUUUCACAAGAAUGUACCAUUACUACAUAAGAGGAGGAUUUUACCCAAUGAUUAUGUCAGAUUUUUUUUACCUAUUACAAUUUGUUUUCAUCAUAUGGUUUUCAACAUUUUUGGUGCACUGUGUGAAAUAUCCUGUUCUGUUCCGAAAUGACCCAAAUGCAAACAGGAGUGAGAAACUUAGUUUAAAUGAUGUGAUAUAUUCAAGUUCCGAAUGUGUUGGAUUUAUUUCUUGGCACUGGUAAGCAUUGUAACCUCUA